AUGCAAUCUAAUGAUUCAAGCAGAAGAAGAUUGUUUUUACAUUCUCUAGCAGCUGAAGAACCGUAGAAAAUGUAAAAUAUGUAAUUCAUCUCCUAUUUAUUAUUAGAUCAGCCAAUGGAUCUUUAGUACUUAGUCAGUUUCGUCUUAACUCUAAAGGUCUUACCUUCACCAAAAGUAAUAUUUAUUUUAAUCCCCAUUAGACAUUACUUAUAUGGAAUCACAACAUUUUAAGGAUCUCAAAUUAGACGAUUUUGAAAUUGUUUGUAAAUUAGGAUAAGGAAAUUAUGGUAGUGUUGAGAAAGUACUACAUAAACCUACUUAAGAUUAUUAUGCAUUAAAAGUAUCAUAAUUUCUUAUCCUCAUAGAAAAUACAUUAUGUUAGCAAUGAUAUUUAGGAAUCACUAUUGAAGAAAGAAUUAAAGGCUUUAAUUGAUUGCAAUUCAUAAUAUGUUGUUUAAUGUUAUGGAGCAUUUUAUUCUAAAGGAGAAAUCUAUAUUGUUAUGGAGUACAUGGAUAUGGGAUCAUUGUAGAUAAUCUUAGAAAAAACCAAAAAAAUACCAGAAUCAAUUACAAUGUUGAUAAUUAAAGAAGUUCUUUAAGGGUUAGAUUAUUUGCAUACAAAUAAACAUAUCAUACAUAGAGAUAUCAAACCUCAUAAUAUCUUAAUAAAUAAAAAGGGAGAAGUUAAAAUUGGUGAUUUUGGAAUUUGUUCUGUUAGUGAGAAUUCAGAUUAGAAAUUUGAUACAUUUAUUGGUACAAUUUAAUAUAUGUCUCCUGAAAGAUUAAAUGGAGAAGAGUAUGGAUAUGAUUGUGAUAUUUGGAGUGUAGGAAUGAUGACUAUGUAAUGUAUAACAGGUCUCUUACCAUUUGAAUUUGAUGCCAAAAAAAUGAGUAUGAUAGAAUACAUUUAAAUGAGUAAGAAUUUUAAGAUUGAUGAAUACUUUCAAUAACAUAAACAUGGAAUUUCUGAAAACACUAUCUUAUUUAUAUCUAAAUGGUAUUAUUAUUUUUUUUAUUAAUCUUUUUUAGUUUGCAAUAAGAACCAAAACAUAGAACUAAAGCUUAAGAAUUAUUAUAAACAAAAGCUAUCAAGUACACAUAGUCUCUAAAGAUUGAUGUAUUUAAACAAUGGUUGUAGUUGUCUAUAGAGGAAAUUUGA